UAGUGCCCGUCAAUUUGCGAUCAUGGCGGCUGCAUUGCUGUCAUAUAAAAAUAUUGAUAAAAUUAUUAGAAGUAGUGCCAAAUUCUCAAAACCUUUUAGAAACAACAAGUCAGUAAUCGUCAAUAAGCCACAGUUCGAUUUCAUAUGCAAGCAAUGCGUCGCCACAAGCUAUUUCAGGUUCUACUCUACAUCACCCCCUGGAAAUUCAGGAGGCGGGGAUUCGGCUAAACACGUUUUGGCGGCGGUGUUGGCAAACAAACCGAAAACUGGGAAAAUUCCUGUUGGUAUCCAUAAGAGAGACUGCUUUCACCCAGGUGCCUCUGUUUUGUCUCGUGAAGAUAUAAAUCUGGGAGAUGCGAAGCCGGUCACCGGGACGGAUAUGAUUAGGGGCAUGCUGGCGUAUGUCUGGCCGAAGGACAAUGAAAUGAUAAAGAAACGCGUCAUGCUGUCCCUUUCACUCUUGUUUGGCGCGAAGGUGAUGAACGUGACAGUGCCGUUCCUGUUCAAGUACGCGGUAGACGAGGUGAACCAGGCGUCAGUGAGCACGGGGGAUGCGCUGUUAGGCAUGGCCACUGUACCACAGGCCUUGGGUACCACCGCCUUCAGCUUGCUGCUCGGAUAUGGCAUAGCUAGAGCAACGGCGGCAGGCUUCAACGAACUCAGAAACGCGGUGUUCGCGAAAGUGGCACAACACUCCAUAAGGAAACUGGCUUGCAACGUCUUCAUACACCUCCAUAACCUCGACCUGAGCUUCCAUUUGGGCAGACAGACCGGAGCCUUGUCUAAGACAAUAGACCGAGGGUCUCGGGCUAUAAACUUCGUGUUAUCGGCUAUGGUGUUCAACGUAGUGCCCACGAUAUUCGAGUUGGCGCUCGUGUCCACCAUCCUCGGGCUAAAAGGCGGCAUUGCUUUCUCAGGCUUGGCAAUCAGCUGUGUGGCAGUAUACGCGGCGUUUACAUUGGCAAUAACGCAAUGGCGGACCCAAUUCAGAGUUUAUAUGAACAAAGCUGAAAACGAAGCGGGGAACAAAGCUAUCGACUCGCUUAUCAAUUAUGAAACUGUCAAGUACUUCAACAACGAGAAAUAUGAGUUAGAGAAGUACGACGCGAGCCUCAAAAAGUACGAGGAGGCGUCCCUGAAGACCGCGUCCAGCCUCGCGCUGCUCAACUUCGGGCAGCACGCCAUCUUCAGCGGCGGGCUCAGCCUCAUCAUGCUGCUGGCCGCCAACGAGAUCGCUGCUGGCAGGAUGACAGUAGGCGACUUGGUGAUGGUGAACGGACUGUUAUUCCAGCUGUCCAUCCCGCUAGGGUUCCUGGGAUCGGUAUACCGGGAGGUCAGACAGGCACUCAUCGAUAUGCAGACCAUGUUCACACUGAUGUCGGUGCAGUCUAAGAUUAAGGAGAGUGUGAAAGCGACGCCCCUCCAAGUGACAGCGCAGACAGCGGAGAUUGUGUUCAAGGACGUCAGCUUCAAGUACAUCAACGGGAAGCCCAUCUUCAACAAGCUCAGCUUCACCAUCCCGGCGGGCAAGAAGAUUGGAAUCGUCGGAGGCUCCGGCAGCGGAAAGUCAACGAUGGUGCGUCUUCUGUUCCGUUUCUUCGAGCCGCAGUCCGGGCAGAUCUUGAUCGCGGGACAGAACAUCCGGGACGUUGACCUCGCCAGCUUGAGGCAGGCCAUCGCUAUCGUUCCACAGGAUUGUGUAUUGUUCCACGACACGAUAUUCCACAACCUGCACUACGGCGAUCUGAAGAGGUCGCACGAGGACGUGUACCGUGCCAGCAAGUUGGCUGAACUACACGAAGCCGUCAAAACUUGGCCUAAGGGCUACGCCACGCAGGUGGGCGAGCGCGGGCUGAAGCUGUCGGGCGGCGAGAAGCAGCGCGUGGCCAUCGCGCGCGCCAUACUGAAGGACUCGCCCAUCAUUGUCUUCGACGAGGCCACCUCCAGCCUGGACUCGCUUACUGAACAUGCGAUCCUCCAAGCGCUUCAAGCAGCGACUGUGGGCCGGACAUCAAUCUGCAUAGCACAUCGGCUCUCAACGGUCGCGGACGCCGACGAAAUACUAGUACUGGAGAACGGAAACAUCUCCGAACGGGGGAAGCAUAGUGACCUACUCAACAACAAAAACUCCCUCUAUUCUAGACUUUGGGACAAACAGAAUAGGGAUCACACUGCGAGUUAAUUUAGGUUUGAUGUAAGCUUGUAAGGAACGAGUUUUAUCUUUUCGAGGCUCGUCUUUGGAGAUACUUGUCGUCGAAAAGGGUUCGCCAAUCUGCGUAGGAUUGAGGCAUUUUCAAGUUCCCAGUUAUGCAAUUGAUGACUUGUAAUUAUAGAUCGGCUAUUUACUCGGUAUUUUGGGAAAAUUCCCAAUUGAAAAAUAAAAAUCGGGUCGAUUACGCAUUUGUAAGAUUGACAGGGAAGGUAAAUGGGUAUAAAUCGAAAUUUACCCAUAAUACCGGGUAGAUUGUCCAUACAUGUUAUUUAUCCAUAAAUUUUAUUCUUAUUGUUAUUCCAUAUGGUUGAAAAGUAAUGUCGAUCGAUAUUAUCAAAAUAGUUCCGAUUCCGAAUGUGUCGAAAUAGUGUCGAUGUAACAGCGACUAUCAUGUUAUGGGACAUCGGCAAUAAUGCUAGAAUAGUCUAGCGAUAUAGUCUGUUGAUAGCAACAGACCAUGGUAUAAUAAAACAAGGUAUGCUCAAAAGUGACAGCUGGCAUUUCAAGGUUAGCCACGCUGACGUCAUCUCACACUCUGUAGCCAUUUUGUAAAAAAAAAACUACCCACGACUUAUGUUUUUCGGACGGGACUUGAACCCGUUUUCGCAUGGACAAGAGGAGGACCGGGUGGUGUAAUGGUUAACACGCUCGUCCCGUCUUGACAAGAGCUGCGAGUUUACGUCCCGUCCUAGUCAGGACUUUUUUUAUUUAAUUUUCUCUUUGUGAGUUUGCCUAAGCAAGGGUGAGUGCUAUAAAAAACAAAAAAAAUCAUUUAUAAUAAGGCUGUAUAAAGUCCAUAGAUGUAUAUAGAGGCUGACAGAGUAAUGCAUAGUAUUUUUUGUAGCUUUUAGUCAUUUGUGAGUGCACACUGUUACAAUAUAAGACCCGUCUGACGCGGAGCUGCUCAAAAGUGGCUGAAAUUGUUGGUAAUUACAACUACUAACUGGUUGGAAACUGUACCCUGCACAUGGCGCUACUCAACUCGCUAGCUUUUUCCCCAUAUUCAAAGAUUACUCGUUAAUUUUUACGAGAACAAAAAUAUUGUUCGUUGGUAACUAGUAGCGCGUCUCUCGUGAUCAGUUACUAGCGCGUUAAUAAACAAUUGGUAACUGCGGGCUUAGCACCGUAAGUACGCGACUCUUUCUCGCCGCGACAGAGAUCAUCUGUCUCUUUCUUUGCAGUAUUGUGAGAAAGUGACGGGUGACGUAUGUCGAAGCGAGAAAGAGUCGCGCGCUUACGGUGCUAAGCCCGCUGGUCGCGUCAGGUGCAAACAUGAGAAUAUAUGCGUAGUGACGCUCAAGCAACUCGUUAGUAAUUUGAAUUUAUAACUAGUUAUAACUAGUACCCUUUGAGUAACUCCGUGUGAGACAAGGCAAAAGUUAAAAUGGCGCACAGUUGUUUUCACACUAAUAAAAUUAUACCAAUCAUUCGUUCGGAAAGCGAUAUAUUAUGUUAUUCCAGAUUACUUUUAUUUAUUUUUUUGGACUUCUCAUGUGUAUUGUGUAUAUGUAUGUACUCUUGAUUUUGUGAUGCUAUUUUUAUAUUAAAUAUAUAUUUUGAUAUGUUUACGCUAUUUAUUUAGAUUAUAAUAAAUAGCGUAGACAUAAUAUACAACGUGAUUUUAUAAAAUACAGUUUGGAAUAAUCUGCAUUUUAGAUGUAAACACAGCAUGGAAUCGAAAUUUAUUUACUGAUACCAAAAAAUAAUUGUAUGUCCUGUGUGAAAAUUGUAUUAGUUAUCUAUGCCAGUUUUUUUCUAAAUACCAACUACAUUUUUGAUUAUUUGGCAAGCUCAAAAACACUAGGUUAUACUUAAAAAGCUAUAGACUCGAAAAUCACAAAAAAAACGUUGAUACCUUUAUACCGGCAAAUGGAAUUAAAAUUAAUGAAAAUCGCGGAAAAAAAUCAAAUCAAAUAUACUUUAUUGCACAGAACUAAAACUGAACUGAACUGUAUAUCGGUCCAAUCUUUACAUGUAAAUAACAGAUAAUAAACUUUAUAAGAUAAUUGGAUAUAAAAACUGCCUAUUUCUCCCACCAGGUGUCGCUAAUCGUAACGUAAUGUCGCCACGUAAUCAAACAAUUGUUUUGGUUAUAUUUUCACACUGCCCUUUGUGCAGCGUUUAACUGAAAAAUCAUAGUGAUAUUUGUUCGCUAAAGAUCGAAAAGAAGAAAAGUUACAAAAACUUUACAAAAACUAAACUGCCUUUUUCUAACGGAUUUACUCGUACUUUUUCGGUCGGAUCUUUCAGACGGUAUACACUCCACAUUGCUCUACAUUUUGUAGCAAUUUAUCACGAAUUUUAGCUGGACAGUAUGGAAAACUGACAAAAUUUAGGAGCACAACAGUGCUGCCGACUACAUUUGAGCUUCUAGUUUUUAUGACGAUAUUUGAUUCUGUUCGCCGAGUAUGAAGUAUUCGACAAUGUUGUAAAAAUCGAAAUCAUUGGAAAUAUUUGGAAGUUAGACAAAUGUGUAAAUAUAUGCGUUGAUUAUGUACAGUAAAAAGUACUAUUUGUUGAAUAGGUAAGUAUAUAAUUUGUUUACAA